AUGGACACUACCAUUGGGUUGGGUACGAAAACUGCAAAGGAAUCCUGGAAAAAUCUCCUCUCCGACUCCAUCGACCUUGAUAAGGGCACAACGCGCUUGGCUAAGCUACAUGGCUGCAUCGCGGCGUGGGCUUCCAAGCUCGUAAACUCAACAAAAUUCAACAUGUUUUUUGCCUUUGUGAUCCUGACCAACUCGGUGUACCUCGGUGCCCAAGUGGAGCUCACUGCGAACUCGGGGACAAUGUUUGUUCAUCCAGUUUGGUUCAUCAUCCACCUUGUAUACGUCGGCCUUUUCUCUGUAGAGAUUGCGCUGCGAGUCAUAGCUGUUGGACCUGUCGCCUAUUUGACUGGAAAUGGCUGGGCGUGGCAUUGGCUCGACACAGUCGCAGUUCUUUCCUCAUGGGUGGAGUUGGUAGUGGACCUCCUGGACAGGUCAGGCAAGUAUUCUGCAGCUGCCAGCAAUUUUCGGAUCAUGCGAAUCUUCCGCAUCACUCGCCUGGUCAAGGUCGUGCGCUCCCUGAGCCUGGUACGUUUUAUUGGCGCCUUGCGCACCCUCGUCUACUCGAUAGCCGACACGACAAAGUCCUUAAUUUGGGCUUUGCUAUUGUUGCUGCUCAUUCAGUACACGUUUGGGAUACUUUUUACUGACGCGGCUCUCGAUUACAUCUACUCCGAGGAGGUUUUCGUCAAAGACGAGAACAUGAAAAGAUAUUUUGGAAAU